CCAAUAUCUUCUCUUCGCUGCGUCUUCAUCUAAAGACUAAAACCAGAGAAAGCAAAGAGGAAAGGGGACCGUGAAACCCUAAAAAUCCCACCUUUUUUCACUGUUUCUUCGCACGAAUCCUUUGAAAUCCAAUCCCCCGGUGCUUCGAUCUCUUUGGUGGUGUGCUUUCAGCGUCGCCGAUGGGGAAGAACCAAGCCUACAAGGCCAUGCAGAGGGCGAGGGUUGGCUCGACCUCCGGCGGCCCGGAGGAGAUCGAAGAUGGAAUGACGGAUGGUUCUUUUCAUUCACCAGAGUGGCAUGCUGCUCGUUUGGCCAGCCUGAAAACUUCUCACACAAUAACAUGGGAAGAAUACAAGAAGAAACAGAAGGAGGAUGAAUUAAAAAAGGGUGAGCUGGAAGCUGACAAAGACAGAAUGAUGAGAGAAUACAGGGCCCAGUUGGAUGCUGAAAGGGCGAAAAAACUUUCUCAUGGAAGAAACCAUUCCAGCAUCAAGUUGAACCACAAAAAAGAAAGGAAGGAUAAAGAUUUGAAGAAAAGGAGCAGCAGGAAGAGAAAGCACAAAAGGAGAUCAUCGGAAUCAAGUUCAUCUAGUUCAUCUUCUGAAUGUUCUAGCAGCGACGACGAUGAGGAAAGAGACUCAAGGAGAUCAAGGUCACGUUCCCGGUCCCGGUCCAAAUCUAAGAAAAGCAAGAAAGAAAGAAAGCACAAGUCGAGAGUGAAGCAUUCAAGCAACAGCGAUGGUGAGGAGCGCGAGGGGCCCUUGCCAUUGUCCAGAUUCUUUGGAAAUUCGAAGAGCUGAUCAUUCAAUCUGUAUCUUCAUAGAUAUCCAUUUUCUAGUGCAUGGAUGUCGGUAAAAUUGGGUUAAAAGAAUGGCUUCACCUCUCUGCACACAAUGGAGGCUGGUUUAAUUGUUUACAUGCAGUUCUUGCCCUCCUGGAGAUGUCACUAUGUUUGUGUAGUUGAAUUUUCUGUAUUUUAUCAGACAUGUAUAAACUUGAUGUGAGAUUCAUGCCAUUAAUUAAUUUGGUCACCAGGAUUUUUCC